UUUUCCCGGACUGCUCUGCGGUGGGGGGUUUCUGGCGUGCUGAGCUCGGUAUGUGGCGGCUGGCUCGCAGGCUCUGUGUGCAGACUGUGAAGGCCAGCAAGCUUUCCCGCCCUUGGAGCAGGCCCGCCGCCCUCAUGUCCACUCUGCUGAUCCAUCAUCCCCAGUAUGCCUGGCUGCGAGACCUGGGGCUCCGCGACGUUAACCAGGGCGUGUUUAAUGGAAGCUGGGGCGGCCGGGGAGAGGUGAUUACGACCUAUUGUCCUGCUAACAAUGAGCCAAUAGCAAAAAUCCUACAGGCCAGUAUGAAAGACUAUGAAGAAACCAUAGACAAAGCCAAGAAAGCUUGGGACAUCUGGGCAGAUGUUCCCGCCCCAAAGCGAGGAGAAAUAGUCAGAAAGAUUGGUGAUGCCUUGCGGGAGAAGAUCCAAUUACUGGGAAGACUGGUAUCUUUGGAGAUGGGGAAAAUCUUAGUGGAAGGAAUAGGAGAGGUUCAGGAGUACGUGGACAUCUGUGACUAUGCUGCCGGCUUGUCGAGGAUGAUCGGGGGACCUGCCUUGCCUUCUGAAAGACCUGGCCAUGUGCUCAUCGAGCAGUGGAACCCGCUGGGCCUGGUGGGAAUCAUCACGGCCUUCAACUUCCCCGUGGCUGUGUUUGGCUGGAACAAUGCCAUAGCUCUGAUCGCAGGGAACGUCUGCCUUUGGAAAGGAGCCCCAACGACUUCCCUCACUAGUAUAGCUGUUACAAAGAUUGUAGCCCAAGUUUUGGAGGACAACCUGCUGCCUGGUGCCAUUUGUUCCCUGAUUUGUGGUGGAGCAGAUAUCGGCACAGCAAUGGCCAGAGAUGAGCGUGUGAACCUGCUGUCCUUCACCGGGAGCACUCAGGUGGGGAAGCAGGUGGCCCUCAUGGUGCAGGAGAGAUUUGGGAAAAGCUUGCUGGAGCUUGGAGGGAACAAUGCCAUUAUUGCUUUCGAGGAUGCAGACCUCAACUUGGUUCUUCCGUCAGCUCUGUUUGCCGCCGUGGGAACAGCUGGCCAGAGGUGUACCACUGCGAGGCGACUGUUUUUGCAUGAAAGCAUCUAUGAUGAAGUUGUAACCAGACUGAAAAGUGCGUACUCACAGAUCCGUGUUGGGAACCCCUGGGACCCCAAUAUUCUUUAUGGACCGCUCCAUACCAAACAGGCAGUGGACAUGUUUGUGAGAGCCGUGGAAGAGGCAAAGAAUGAAGGCGGCACAGUGGUCUAUGGGGGCAAGGUCAUGGAUCACCCUGGCAAUUACGUGGAACCCACCAUUGUGACUGGUCUCGAACAUGAUGCGCCCAUUGUUCACGAGGAGACUUUUGCCCCAAUCCUCUAUGUCUUCAAAUUCAAGAAUGAAGAAGAGGUCUUUGAAUGGAACAAUGAAGUAAAACAGGGACUUUCAAGUAGUAUCUUUACCAAGGAUUUGGGCAGAAUCUUCCGCUGGCUUGGACCUAAAGGCUCAGACUGUGGCAUUGUGAAUGUCAACAUUCCUACCAGCGGGGCUGAGAUCGGCGGUGCAUUUGGAGGAGAGAAGCACACUGGCGGUGGCCGUGAGUCUGGCAGCGAUGCCUGGAAGCAGUACAUGCGGAGAUCCACGUGUACCAUCAACUACAGCACGUCCCUCCCUCUGGCUCAAGGAAUCAAGUUUCAGUGAUCCAGCACUGGCGAGACAUCACUUAGCUGUUCCUGCGGCUGCUCUGAAGAAGCCUGGGAGGACUCUGAUUUGCCCUGGAUAAAGGAUCAAUUUGAGUACAGCAGUGGCUAAUCUCCAGUGAUCCCAGGCCCCUGACUAAAUCAAGCUACUCAUUUAUCAAAAAUUCAAAAUUAAAUAUUCACAGCCUAGCUACAUUUCCAAAAGAUAGGUUUGGUGAGUUUUUAUGUCACUAAUUACUUUUUUUAUUCCAGCUAAUCAUUUCUUAGUGAAGUACACGCCCUCAUAGGACGUGGGGGCCGUGGACAGUGGAACAGAAGGGAAGAAGUCUUUGCAGUCGAGAGAUGAAGACCGUCUUCCAAGCAGUGCUGAAUACUAGUGGUCCUGGCAGGGAUUGAAGGGGAGUACCCCUCACGUGCCGCAGACUGUUGAGUGAAAUAUUAAAGUAGAACCACUGGCACAUUCCCGCUCUUGCGCCUCUGCCCUGGUGGCCUGGCAGGCCAUGCACUGGCAGGCAAUGGCCGACCUGUUUUUAUAUCGUGGAGAUUCUGACUCUGAACUCCACGAUCUCUUCACCCAGCUCGCUAGGUUCCCACUGGCGAGCCGCUACCACGCCAGCCCCGUGCUUCAAAUGCCACACAGCCUUUGUGGAGCACCUCAGGCAAACCCGUGCUUUUCUCUCUUAAACCCAGACAAGCCACCAAGUGAAGGAAAACGCAACACAAACUUAGUUCAGAAACAGUGGUAAUUCAGUCUCUGGGUGCAACAACUAAAACCUAGUCUUGUAAGCCUCAUUAAAAUCUGAUCUUUCCAGUGGCUGAUCCUCGUGGCUCCGCCAUGAUGCCAGGAAACACUAAAAGCUACAUCUUACCCCUCUGCUCUCCUGGGUCCAAAAAGAAGUCACACUCUCCUGCUUUCUCAAUUCCUCAGUCCAACCCGGAAGUCCUGCCUACUGGCCCAGUGAUUGGCUCCUUUAUUGUUCAGGGGAUUGGUUCACAAGAACAGCACUAGGCCCAUCCACGACAAGAGACCAUAGCACAGUUUCAUGUACGUGAUUUGCAGUGUUCCAAAUCACAAUGGGUCAUUGUUAGGUGAAGUGAGGAACUUAACACACUUGUGAAUGGUGACUAGGAUAUGUGAACUCCUGGGUUCAAAUCUCAGCACCGCAACAACAAAAAUAAUGCUCUCAUGACAAAGGCUGUUCACCCAGUUAUGAGUGCACCUGACUGUGUCAGCCAGAAAGACAUGUACAGGGGGAGACAGACCUUUGUUUUUGUCCCAAGGCUUGCUGGGAACUUUGGGACUGAAGUUGCUCAUGACAGCACCUCUGGGUGGGUCGAGUCACCUUGGGCCAUAUGCCAGAGCCGUAAGCGGGACUUCCAGGUUGGGCAGAAGAAGAGAGGAAGCAGGAGGGAGUGGACUCCUUUUUGGACCCAGGACAGCAGAACAGUAAGAUGUAAGAAACAUCUAGAGUUUCUGCAGCUGCUCAUGGGUUUCUUCUCGGGGAAGGUCACUGCUGAGAGUCUCAGGUCACUGGGAAGCUGCUGGCCACAGCGGUCCCUGUUCUGUGGUGCAGUUGCCCUGUUCUUUGGUGCAGUCACCACUGGGCCUGCUGCUGCCAUGUCAGGCUCGUGAGUCAUGGUGUGGAAAGAUUUGGACGAUAGUCAGAACUAACAGCGAGGAAGAAGCAGGUGGAACACUAAUAUAUUAACAUGGUAAUAUACAUUUAUAUAAUUAAAUUUAUAAUAGAUUUGACUAUAAAGAUUAAAGGGCCUGUGAAUAUAGCUCAGGUAGAAUGCUUGCCACUCAAUGCCUGGAGUUCCAUCUCCAGCACUGCACUAAAUUCAUACAAAUAUCCACAUUUAAGUCAGAUCUAUUAUAAAGUUGUAAAUGCGUGUUCAUACUGCUGCACUGUCACCUGUGAGUAGCAUUGACCUGGGCAAGUCCUUGCCAUCGCUGGAUACGAGCCAAGCCAGAUCCUGACGAUGGACCUGAGUGUGUGGGAAAGACAGUGAGGACAGGGAACAGUUCAUUUCUUAGGGAAAACACCGACAAUGCCGCUGCUUACUAGCAAGAGACUGACGUGGCCCGCCAAGGUCUGGGGGUGGGUUCUGAAUCGUUGCUAUGGCCACGAGGACAGAUCGCUCUUUUUCAUAACCCACGCAGAAUGCAGUGAGCUAGCCAGUGUCUAAUGCCUGCAUUAGAACUAUUUUCUCUCCUUGAGGCAGGCUUCUGGUUUUGGCCAGUGAGAGCCUGGGUUUGUAGGUGUGUGUCUCCACCCAGCUUUAUUCUUUAAAGCAAGAGAAUGUGUAAUUUUGGAAAGAGUUAGAGGAAAGUGGAGUUGGAGGAUCAGGAACAGGAGUGUGGAGUGGCCUCCUUGCCAGAUGAAUGGACACAGCGGCGCACACCUGCGAUCCCAGCGUCGGGGAGGAUCGUGAGUUCUAGCCCAUCCUUGGAAACGUGAGAUGAUGUCAUUGUGAACAAAACAAACCAUAAAUACAAUUGGGAUCAUGCUGUAACCCUGGCUGGCCUUGAACUCAGAUCCACCUGUCUCUGCCCCCGCCCCCACCCCACCCACCCACCCACCCAGAUCAGACUGCUCAUUUUGCGUAAAACCACUUCACACUUUGAGUUAAAUGUUUAAAGAGCUGUGUUGAUGUGGCCACACAUGAAAGUGACGUUGAUGCACAGUGUUCUGAAGGUGACGAGGAGCUAGAAUCUUGGCCAGAACCGAUUCUGAAAGUUUCCUUUGAAAUUUCAUUUUUGUGUGUUUCUAUCACAAGGGCUCUGUCUUUGUCAUAAUGGUUUUACUAAAACGUUUGCUUUUAAGUUGUCUUUUUCUGGUUUUAAGAAAUAAAGAUUACUUGUGCGCA